AUGGACAAUUUCUCCGCAAACAAAUUUGUGAUGGUCAAUUUCUCCGCAAACAAAGGUUUUUCUCGUCUCGUGCUGAUGCGAAACAUAAUAAGAGCCAAAAGUUUUAUGAUAUUCUUGCUUGUGCAUGUUAUUUCUGAGUCUCAUCAAACUGUUAAGGAAAAAAAAAAAUCAAAUGAAGAAAAUAUUGCCAUAGCAAAUGAUCGGUCCCCUCCACGAACAAUUGGGAAAUUGAACGAAUUACAAAGGCAAAGGGCUUCGGCUUUGAGUGCCGAUGGUUGUCUCCAAUGGUGGAGAACAUGA